UAUCUAUAAUCUUCUCUAAAUAAGAGCCAAAUGGAAACAAUGUACGGUACUAAAUUCCAGUGACUUUUUAAAUCUUGAAAUUAGAGUUUCCGCGUUACAAUUAUUUCACAUUUGUUAAUUCAAAUCCCCCACGUCCUCUGCGCUAUUCCUCCCAAUUAGAUUCAGCUGCGUUUCUGAAGAUCUUCGAAGAAACAUUGAAAUUUGAUAUUUCUUGAAGUCCUUGUUGCAGCUGAUCUCACAAUUCAAUCUGCCUGUAAAUAAAAUCAGGCAGGCUAAUCCUUACCUGUUUGGCACGUCGAGGUCCAAUGUCAUUCCGAAGUAUAGCACGUGAUAUAAGAGACAGUUUUGGGAGUUUAUCACGGAGGAGUUUUGAUGUGAGGCUUUCUGGUCAUCAUAGAGGUAAAUCACAUGGUUCUUUGCAUGACUUGGAUGACCAGCCUAUGGUAGUUCAGAAUUGUCCUUGGGCUAAUCUUCCUCCCGAGCUACUCUACGAUGUGAUUAGAAGGUUGGAGGAGAGCGAGAGUACCUGGCCUGGCCGAAAACAUGUGGUUGCAUGCGCCGCUGUUUGCCGAUCAUGGAGGAGCAUGUGCAAGGAAAUUGUUCAAAUUCCCGAGUUGUCUGGGAAGCUUACUUUCCCAGUUUCACUAAAGCAGCCAGGGUCUCGGGAUGGACCCAUCCAAUGCUUUAUCAAGAGGGACAAAUCUAAUUUAACUUACCACCUGUUUUUAUGCCUUAGCCCUGCUUUGCUAGUUGAGAAUGGGAAGUUCCUUCUCUCUGCAAAACGAACUCGUAGGACUACUUGCACUGAGUAUGUUAUCUCAAUGGAUGCAGACAUCAUCUCAAGAUCGAGUAGCACAUAUAUUGGAAAAGUCAGAUCAAAUUUUCUUGGGACCAAGUUCAUAAUAUUCGACACACAACCUCCACAUAAUUGCUCGCACAUAGCACCACCGGGGAGAACCAGCCGCAGGUUCUACUCCAAGAAAGUUUCUCCGAAAGUGCCAACUGGGAGCUACAGCAUAUCCCAAAUUUCAUAUGAACUAAACGUGCUCGGGACACGGGGUCCACGGAGGAUGAACUGCAUUAUGCACUCAAUACCCGCCUCAUCCAUAGAACCUGGUGGGGUGGUGCCCGGGCAUCCAGAACUUCUUUCGAGGCCUCUAGGAGACUCAUUUGGCAGCAUUUCUUUCUCCAAGGCUCUUGACAUUUCGACUGAAUUUAGUAGCGCAAGAUUUUCUGACAUUGCUGGGAUAUCGAAUUCAGACGAUGACAGCAAACCGAGGCCCUUGGUUCUAAAGAACAAGUCUCCGAGGUGGCACGAACAGCUACGGUGCUGGUGCCUGAAUUUCCGGGGGAGGGUGACUGUUGCGUCCGUGAAGAAUUUUCAGCUGGUUGCGGCCACACAAGCGUUGCCUAGCGCUCCAGCUACUUCUCGGCCAGCGCAAUCGGACCAGGAUAAAAUCAUUCUUCAGUUUGGGAAGGUUGGGAAAGAUUUAUUCACCAUGGACUAUAGGUACCCACUCUCUGCCUUCCAGGCAUUUGCUAUUUGCUUGAGCAGCUUUGAUACCAAAUUGGCUUGUGAAUAGAGACAAGAUACCCAUGAGUUGCUGUUAAAAAAGUACUCCCUCCGUCCCAUUGAAGAUGACUCACUUUCCUUUUUGGUUUGUCCCAAUCAAGAUGACCCAUUACUUAAAAUGGAAACACCUUUAUCUCUACUUUAUUCUCUCUUUCUUACUUUACUCUCUCCUCUUAACACACAAAAUAUAACUGCAUAAAAUCCCGUGCCGCCCAAGAAAGGGGUCAUCUUCCUUGGGACGGAGGACGGAGGGAGUAGUUGUAUGCAUUUAGUUCAACAGUUGCACUAUAUUUUUCAUUUUUCAUUGAAAAAGGAUAUUGUUGUAUUUUUCCUUUUUCUUUAAUAUCCCACAAAUGUCAAUAUUUUAUUAGUAUGUAACUCAAAACUAAACAUAGUAAUUAAUGGAUUAUAGACGUAUCUUGUAAAC